AUGGGUGGUGAAGGCUUUCGAAGUUUUUCAAAGUACGGCGAUAAGACGCGCGUUGGGUACGCUCUUGUUUACUUUUUUGAGUUUUUCUGUGAAGUCUCAGGCGUUUUGGCGGGCGUGAUCAACGUUCGCAAUACAAUUCUGGGAAUGGUAUGGGGUUUCAUCACACACGUUCAGCGCCAACAAUACAGGAUCCAGGAAAUGAACGGCGAUCCUUACAGUGGUCCAGUACAUCAAACAAUUUUAAGCCCUUGUAAGCUUCACUUUGGUCGUGGUGACAGUCGUGGUGGUUUUAUGAAUUCAGCAGGCUCCAAUGCUUUUCAAAGUAAUACUUCGUCGAUACCGCCUACCCCGUACAGUCGUGGAACGGCUCACAAUAAUUUCAGUUCGCCAACACACAACAUUGCUGGGGAUCGCUGGAAUGGCGGCAUAAAUUCACAACAUGGACGGUAA